AUGGUGAUUAACAAUAAAUUGGAGACAAAGACCCAUUUCAAAAAAGUGGACUGUACCAAUUUUAUACAUGCUAACAGCUGUCACUUAAAGGCAUGGAAAGACAAUAUUCCGAUUGACCAAAGUUUACACAUACGGAAAAACUGCUCUAGAAUUGAAGACUUUGAAGGUCAAAUAACCUUAUUGGCAGAAGAAUUCAAUGUAAGAGGUUAUGAUGAGGGAAAUAUUGAUAAAGCUAUAAAGAAAGCUAAAACUGCAGAGAGGGAGUUAUCGCAACAAAUGUAUCCACAUGUUGCUAAGCAAGAAAAGAGAGGUAAAAAGAAUGCAAUAGAAGAAGCUCUUAUUGAUAGAAUAACUGUAAAAAAUAAACAUGAGCCUAUCUCUUCAGAGCAUUAUUUGAACAUGACUUUGGACUGCAAGAAGUACAAAAAAAAUCAAAAAUUUGUUACAUUUGCACUGAGUAAAGAAGAGGAAGCGUUUCCUAUUGCCUAUUCUAUGGUAAUCCAUGAUGAUAUAGAAAUGUUUGAAAGACUUUUAAGAGCCAUUUAUAUGCCUCAGAAUGUUUACUGUGUCCAUGUGGAUGAAAAAGCUACUGAUAUCUUUAAAAAGGCAGUGAGAGCCAUCACCUCAUGUUUUGAUAAUGUGUUUGUGGCAUCUAAGCUGGAGAAGGUGGUCUAUGCCUCUUGGUCAAGGGUGCAGGCGGAUCUUAACUGCAUGCAGGAUCUUCUAAAAAGUGAAGUGCAGUGGAAAUACCUCAUUAAUACAUGUGGCACUGACUUCCCAUUGAAAACUAAUAAAGAAAUUGUUACAGCUCUUAAAAUGUUAAAAGGAAAAAAUAACUUGGAAUCUGAAGAAAUGCCAGUAAGUAAGAAAAAACGCUGGCAAUUUCAUUAUGAAGUAAAUAAAGUCAUAUAUAAAACUAGCACACAGAAAUCUGACCCCCCUGGCAAUAUUAAGAUGUUCACAGGAAGUGCAUAUUUUGUUAUUAACAGAGACUUUGUAAUUACACUUUUUGAGAACAGUAAAGUGAAGCAAUUAAUUGAAUGGGUGAAGGAUACUUAUAGCCCUGAUGAACAUCUCUGGGCAACAUUAAAUCGAAUGCCAGGUGUGCCUGGAUCUGUCCCAGCUCAUAAGAAAUAUGACAUGUCUGAUCUAAAUGCAAUACCGAGGUUGGUAAAGUGGUACCAACAUGCUGGGGAUAUGGACCAUGGGAGUAUUUAUGCUCACUGCAGUGGGGUUUACAGACGAUCUGUUUGUGUUUAUGGAAUUGCAGAUCUUCCUUGGCUUCUACAACACCAUCAUCUGUUUGCUAACAAGUUUGGUCUUCAAGUCGACAACAAUGUUAUUCAAUGCCUGGAACAAUAUUUAAGAUACAAAUCUCUCUAUGACAAAGAAUUAUGA